GCGGAUGAAGGAGGGUAAAAAGAUUGGAGGAGUUAUUAUUAAAAAAUCAAUGCAUCUACCAAUUGGACCUGCUGAAAAGAUAUUUAAAAUGGAGAUAGGAGUUGUCACUCGAUUGUUGGCACCAUUAAGAGUGUUUUAUUGGAAAAAAAUGACAGACGCUCUUAAGAAGCCCCUCUUCUCAAAAAUUGAGAGUGAGUUUGAUAUUGACUUGAGUGAUCCACAUACAAAAAACGUAGUGGAUAAGAUUAUGGCUAGGCGUUUUACAAUUUACAGAUACCAAUGCCACAUGCAUUAUAAGAAAUUUGCUACCCCGGAAGAAGCGCGUUCAAAUCAUGUCAAUCACAUGGAAUUGGAUGAUUGGAAAGCUUUAUGUACUCAUUUUGAAGAGGAAAAAUUCAAGGCUCAAAGUGCAUCAAAUACAAAUAAUCGAGCGAAGAUGCAAGUUUCACACACGUCAGGCUCAAAGUCUUACUGCCAAUGCAUGUAUGAAAUGGAACCUAUUGAGGAAAAUUUAGAAGAGAUUUUAGAAGAAAAUCAAGAAGACAAAGUUGAUCAACCUAUUGAAGUAAAGCUUUAUUUUGAGACACAUCGUAAAAGUGAUGGUACUUGGACUCAUCCACAAGCUCAAGAAAACUAUGAGCAAAUGAAUGCUCUUUGGGUCAAAGCAAUGGAGGAUGGUACUGAAAUGACUGGGCGCCAGAUUCUCGAAAAGGUUUUGAAGCCAAAAUCUAGAUAUAUUCGUAGACUUGGUUAUGGGGUGAAACCAAGUAAAUCUAGAGAAUUGGAGCUAGAAGCUCUUUUAGAAACUGAAAAGAUUGAAUCUGAAAAGCGAAAUACUGAAUUAAAAGAGCAAAUACAAAGCCAACAAAUCAAAAUAAGCAGCUUACAAGAAUCUUAUGAUCAACUGAAAUUUUUGAUUGAUGAGUUAAGGCGUGAACGAAGUGGUGAAAUGAAUACAUCUGCUUCUUUUCAUGAAGAUUGAAAUUAUGGAACAACAAGAUGAAUUAUGGAGCAACAAGUAGAUGAAGAUCAAUGAUGCUCGGUGUCAAGUAACUUUAUUUAAUUUUUAUAUUUCAAGAGUGAAAGUAG